AUGAAUUUUGAAGAAAAUUCAAUGGAUAUUGAUACUUCAGAAAAUCCUGACGAAGAAACUUUGAGAGAAAUGGCUGAAGACAUCUGGCAAGUGUUGGUCUUUGGUCCGCAAGAGAUUGAUCAAGAGAUUGUUUCUCAUGUAACUCCAUAUGAUAGAUUGUUCACAAGACGCAUUAAAGAAGUAAGAGAUUCGUUGAUGAUAUGCGGCUUAGGUGUUCAACCAAUGGAUAAAUGGUUGUCCAUACCUGAUAUGGGUUACGUGAUUGCGACAACAUAUAAUAUUAUUCUUGUCACGUUCGGUCUGACAUUUUCAAUGAUUUUCUUUCCUAUGAGGGGUUCACAUUCCGAAUCGACAAAAAAUGAUCGCAUUUGUUGUAUUGGUUUUGUUAAUGGAAACCAUUGGGUUCCGUUAAAGAUGAAAAAUGGAUUUCCAAUGUCAGACAUUGCACCAGGUUGGAAGCAAUAUCGCACCAAUGAAGCAACUUCUUGGGCAAUAUCAUACACAGGCCGUCUACAACACUGGGGGUAUUUAUUAGGCCGGUUGUCACGUGUUACCCAAAAUCCACCUACGGAACCCGUAGAUGCAAUGUCUUUAGAUGAACCUUAA